GCCCUGCAGCUGUGUGACGCCCAGGGCAACAAGCUGGAGAGGAGCUGGAUCCAGCAGAGCCAGGCUGCGUGGGCGGUCCAGUCUCAGCAGGACAGGCAGAAGAAGUUCAUGUCCUCCUGGUUCGUCGCCACCCUGACCAUGCCCACGUGGGACGAGGCGUACCCGCCGUCGCCCGACGAGCUCCUGGAGCAUCGCUACGUGCUGAGCGUGCCCAGUGUGCACCUGACCGCCAAGGCGUCCGCCUCGCUCCUGCCGUUCACCGAGACGACGGAGGAGGAGCAGCCGUGCAGGGACACGAGAGGCUCCGAGACGCGCGUGCGGCGGGCAAACGGCUCCGAGACCUCCACGAGAACCUCUGAGACGCACGUGAAGACCUCCACGAGGGAUUCCAAGACGCGCGUGCGGUGGAAGAACGCAUCGCAGACCUCCGUAAGAGAUUCCAAGACGCGUGUGCAGCAGGCCAACGCCUCGGAGACCUGGACGAGAAUCUCAGACACACAGGUGCAGACCCUCUUGCACUCUGAGGAAGACUUGGAGACCUCGACGAGAAUCUCAGCCACACAGGUGCAGACCCUCUUGCCCUCUGAGGAAGACUCGGAGGCGACGCUCCAGCGAGGCGAAACCUCUGUGACUUCCUCAACCAAUCAGACAUCUGCUGUGUAGGAGUCCAAGUGAAUGACUCUAUGUACACAUGUUGCUUCAGUAGCUGUGUCUUUAGCCGUCAUUUCUUUCCUCUGUUGCUGUUACGAAAGCUACUGUGAUUGUGAAUUUAGAUUUGAUCGCAGAUGAUCUCAUUAAAAAUGCUGUAUAAUGACUGA